GCGGGCUCCGAGAUAGCUUGGGCCUCCCUGACUCUUCAUAGAUGCAGAUGCAGCAACAAACUCCAUCGGGGCUCAGCUAUCUCCUCUGCGUUCUAGCUUAAGAUAGUGCAUUCUUUUCAUACAAUAUGACAGGUCGGAAAGACUUUCUCAGUCAGCCUGCGCCGGAAAAUUAUGUGGCCGGUUUAGGACGAGGUGCCACCGGCUUCACCACUCGUUCGGACUUGGGUCCAGCCAGAGAGGGUCCCACCCCGGAACAGAUACAGGAAGCCCUCACGAAGCGUGCACUUCUCCUUGGUGCAGCUCCUCCAACUGCAUAUGGCGCGUCAAAUAGAGGCGAAAAGGGAAAGGGAGACAGGGCCGAUAAGCAAAUAGAAGAAGAAGAGGACGACCGAUUUCAAGACCCCGAGAAUGAGGUCGGCCUUUUUGCAUACGGGCAGUACGACAGGGAUGACGACGAGGCGGAUCGGAUAUAUCAAGAGGUAGAUGAGAAGAUGGAUAGGAGGCGGAGAUUAAGAAGGGAAGCUCGAGAACAACAAGAGCGCGAAGAAUACGAACGAAACAACCCGAAGAUCCAGCAGCAAUUUGCGGACCUCAAACGCUCCUUAGCUACAGUAACCGAUGAAGAUUGGGCAAAUAUCCCAGAGGUUGGUGACCUCACGGGAAAGAACCGAAGGGCCAAACAAAACUUGAGAAAUCGAUUCUACGCCGUCCCAGAUAGUGUUAUUGCCAGCGCAAGAGAUUCUACUGAAUUUAACACCACAAUCGCGGAAGACGGCACGGAGACCGUAGUGCCGCGUGGGGAAACGGAUGGCACAAUUACAAACUUUGCAGAUAUUGGCGCCGCGAGAGAUAAAGUCCUUCAGGUUAGACUUGAUCAGGCUGCUCAAGGAUCGACAGGUGACGCGGCAGCUGGAAGUGCAACUAACAUCGAUCCAAAGGGCUAUUUGACCAGCUUAACCAAGUCUGAACUAAAGGCCGGGGAAGUGGAAAUUGGGGACAUUAAGCGAGUCCGGGUGUUGCUAGAAUCAGUCACGAAAACAAACCCUAAGUAUGCCCCAGGAUGGAUAGCUAUCGCUCGUUUGGAAGAGAUCGCAGGCCGGAUAGUUGCUGCAAGGAGCUAUAUUGCUAAAGGAUGCGAACUAUGCCCAAAAAGCGAAGAUGCGUGGCUGGAAAAUAUACGGCUCAAUGACAAUCAUAAUGCAAAGAUUAUUGCUGCCAACGCGAUUAAAAAUAACGACACCUCGACUAGACUCUGGAUUGAGGCCAUGAGGCUAGAAUCAGACCCCCGGGCUAAAAAGAAUGUUCUAAGACAAGCUAUUCUCCACAUUCCGCAAUCUGUUGCCAUUUGGAAGGAAGCGGUUAAUCUUGAAGAGGACCCCGCAGAUGCACGCCUUCUUCUCGCCAAAGCAACCGAAAUGAUUCCCCUUUCAGUAGAGCUAUGGCUGGCCUUGGCUCGUCUUGAAACCCCAGAGAAUGCGCAAAAGGUCCUAAACGCUGCGCGGAAGGCGGUCCCAACUAGCCACGAAGUAUGGAUUGCGGCUGCUCGACUCCAAGAACAAAUGGGGACUGCUGGUAGGGUCAACGUGAUGAAACGGGCUGUCCAAGAAUUAGCGAGGGAAUCUGCCAUGUUAAAACGAGAAGAGUGGAUCGCAGAAGCGGAAAAAUGUGAGGAGGAAGGAGCAGUUCUUACUUGCGCUGCUAUUAUUCGGGAAACCCUGGGUUGGGGCUUGGAUGAAGACGAUGAUCGAAAAGAUAUCUGGAUGGAAGACGCUCGAGGAAGCAUUGCUAGGGGCAAGUACGAAACCGCGAGAGCAAUAUAUGCUUACGCGUUGCGAGUAUUUGUCAAUAAGAAAAAUAUCUGGCUUGCUGCAGCGGACUUGGAACGUAAUCAUGGUACCAAAGAAAGCCUAUGGCAGCUAUUGGACAAGGCCGUGGAAGCCUGCCCGCAAAGUGAGAGCUUGUGGAUGCAGCUUGCGAAAGAAAAAUGGCAAGCUGGAGAAAUUGACAAUGCUAGAAGGGUUCUUGGAAGGGCAUUCAAUCAAAAUCCAGAUAACGAAGACAUUUGGCUUGCGGCCGUCAAGCUAGAAGCGGAUGCGAAUCAGACUGAACAUGCAAGGGAACUCCUCUCGACGGCACGUCGCGAAGCCGGGACCGAUCGUGUCUGGAUCAAGAGUGUUGCAUUUGAGCGCCAGUUAGGGAACAGGGAACAGGCUCUCGACCUUGUUAAUCAAGGGCUUCAACUUUACCCUAAAGCGGAUAAGUUGUGGAUGAUGAAAGGUCAAAUAUAUGAGGAACAAAAUAAAUACCCUCAAGCCAGAGAAGCAUAUGGAACCGGAACCAGAGCGUGCCCUAAAUCCGUACCCCUGUGGCUCCUUGCAUCUCGCCUCGAAGAAAAAGCAGGAGUAGUCGUCAAGGCACGAUCCAUCCUUGAUCGAGCGCGCCUCGCAGUGCCCAAGAAUGCAGAGCUCUGGACUGAAACCGUACGUGUUGAACGGCGUGCAAACAACAUAAACCAGGCCAAAGUGCUCAUGGCGAAGGCCCUACAGGAAGUCCCUAAUUCAGGUCUUCUAUGGAGCGAGAGUAUCUGGCACCUGGAACCGCGAACACACCGGAAGCCGCGAAGUCUAGAAGCUAUCAAGAAGGUGGAUAACGAUCCCAUCUUAUUUGUGACAGUAGCGCGCAUCUUUUGGGGUGAGCGAAGACUCGACAAAGCCAUGACGUGGUUUGAGAAGGCGAUUGUCUCAAAUAGCGAUUUGGGAGAUGUGUGGGCGUGGUACUAUAAGUUCUUAUUGCAGCAUGGUACUGAUGAAAAGAGAGAAGACGUCAUCAGCAAAUGCAUAUCCAACGAGCCGAAGCAUGGCGAGGUUUGGCAAUUCAUUGCGAAAGAUCCAGCCAACGCGCAUAAGUCAACAGAGGAAAUUCUAAAACUCACGGCGGCGCGUUUGGAAUAGAAGAAAGUUUGUUUUUGAAUGUUGAAUGCACAUCCCGAUUUCGUUUCACAUUUCAAGCUGUAUUGAUACAGAUUAUUUUGUUUGUUAUCCCUCAAAUUUCCGGAUUGAUAGGCGGUUACGGUGUUCUUGGCUAGGAAACUCUUCGAACAUGGGAAUAUGGCGAAAUGACUUACAAUCAAACUUUAUAUGUAACCUUUCCAUUGGCAACAAAGUCCAUUUAUCUUAACAGCUACACUGAAGUUAACGGGUUCAUAUAUUAUGAUAAUGUUAUGAGGAUAUCUGCUCUGUUCAUUUAUAAAUACACCACCAGUAACGCAUUCAUCAGGAAUUGCAACCCGUAUGAACCUGGACAACAGAAUACGUAACGAUGAUAUCUGGAUCUGAUAGCACGGGCCCAACGAUUGGCACAAUGACAAGAACAAUGGCUGUAAAUAUUCAGAGACAAACGGGUUGCCCUUUUCCAGCAGAGACACUAUUAGCUGAAACCCACUCCUCCCAGAAUAGUAAAGCAUAAUUCCCAAGUUAAUCAAUUUUUGUGAGAAAGUAGCCCACACAAGCGCGCGCCGGAAGUA